AUGUCCUACAAAGGGGAUAUCGUCCCAGGAAGGUCACACCUUAAAGUCCAGAUUUCCCCUAUAUACCCCCGGGAGGCCAAACCAUAUGCUACUACACAAAUUAUCAAUAAAAGGGAACCAACAUCUGUUCCUUCCUUACGCUUCGUUCGUCUCCGGCUGCUUCCCUCGCGGGAGAGCAGAACUGCGGAUCGGAACUCUGCACUCGCUUCGCACUUGCUUGAAGAAAUGGAUAGUAAUCCCAUGGUGUCAUCUCUUCUUAAUAAACUAGCAAACUACACUAAUCUGACUCAAGGUGUGGUGGAACAUGAAGCAGAUGAAGACAGCAAGCGAAAGGAAGUCAAGGUUCCACGUAUGGGCACUUUUAUUGGUGUGUACCUGCCCUGCUUGCAAAACAUCUUGGGCGUCAUCCUUUUCCUACGUUUAACAUGGAUUGUGGGAACAGCUGGAGUUCUGGAGUCUUUCAUCAUUGUGUUCAUGUGUUGUGCUUGUACUAUGCUAACUGCAAUUUCAAUGAGUGCAAUAGCAACAAAUGGUGUAGUUCCAGCUGGAGGCUCUUACUACAUGAUUUCAAGAUCUUUAGGGCCAGAGUUUGGUGGAGCAGUGGGACUUUGUUUCUACUUGGGUACAACCUUUGCAGGAGCAAUGUACAUUCUUGGUACCAUUGAAAUUUUAUUGACCUACAUUUCUCCAAGUGCUGCUAUAUUUAAAGCAGAAGAGGUUGGUGAAGAAACAGAGGCUAUGCUGAACAACAUGAGAGUUUAUGGAACAUGUAUUGUCAUUCUGAUGGCUGUAGUAGUUUUUGUGGGAGUAAAGUAUGUCAACAAACUUGCGUUGGUGUUCCUUGCCUGUGUGAUUCUAUCCAUCAUUGCCAUAUAUGCUGGAGUUAUUAAGACUGCUUUUGACCCACCUGACUUUCCUAUCUGUCUCCUUGGAAACCGUACGUUGUCAAAACGCAGCUUUGAUAUCUGUGCCAAAUUUACUGAAAGCAAUAAUGAAACAAAGACUACAACUUUGUGGCGCCUGUUCUGUGAUAGUUCUUUGCUUAAUGCUACAUGUGAUGACUACUUUAGUCUCAAUAAUGUAACAGAAAUUCAAGGCAUUCCAGGAAUAAUGAGUGGAGUUCUGACUGAUAAUCUAUGGAGUACCUAUUCAGAAAAAGGAUCAAUAGUUGAGAAAAAAGAUCAGCCAUCAGUUGCUGGAUCAGAAGAGACAAAAAUGGGUGGACUCCCUUAUGUUUUGACAGACAUCAUGACCUACUUCACAAUGCUUGUAGGGAUUUAUUUCCCGUCUGUGACAGGUAUUAUGGCAGGUUCAAACAGAUCUGGAGAUCUUAAGGAUGCUCAGAAAUCUAUUCCUACUGGAACAAUUUUGGCUAUUUCAACUACGUCUUUUAUCUAUCUCUCCUGUAUAGUGUUGUUUGGUGCCUGUAUAGAGGGUGUGAUAUUAAGAGAUAAGUUUGGAGAAGCAGUUAAUCAAAAUCUAGUCGUUGGUACACUGGCCUGGCCUUCUCCAUGGGUUAUUGUGAUUGGUUCAUUCUUUUCAACAUGUGGUGCUGGUCUCCAGAGUCUCACUGGUGCACCCCGUCUAUUGCAGGCCAUUGCAAGAGAUGGCAUUGUACCAUUUAUUCAAGUAUUUGGUCAUGGAAAAGCAAAUGGAGAACCAACUUGGGCUCUGCUCCUCACUGCUGGUAUUUGUGAAAUAGGAAUUUUGAUAGCCUCAUUGGAUAGUGUAGCACCAAUUCUUUCAAUGUUUUUCCUUAUGUGCUAUAUGUUUGUAAAUCUGGCUUGUGCAGUUCAGACGCUUUUACGGACUCCCAACUGGAGACCUCGUUUCAAGUAUUACCAUUGGUAG